AUGGAAAGUUAAAAUUCAGCACUCGGCUUGGUUAUCAUCUCAAAGCUAUAUCAGGAGAACAAAAUCAAUGACGAGGAAAGAGAAAAGCUCAAGGAUAUGGUUUUCAACGAUGAUGCCACUCUUAUGUCUAUUUUUGAUGUUGUUGAUGAAGAGUCCGAACUUAAGGAAGCCGUACUUAAGUACGUUUAGCUAGGUGCCGUUGAUGAUUUUAAAGAAUAAAAUGAACCAACCUAAGCCGAUAUCGAUUUCUUAAAUCAAGCUUCAAGCCCCACUGAUAGCGCUCUAGAUAUGAAAAAAAGAAAGAGAUUGAAUCAGAUGGCAGCAUAAGAGGAAAAAGCUAAGAAAUAAAAAGAGAGUGGAAAGGGAGGAGAAGUUCUUGGAAUCAACGACUGCGAUGUCGGAGCUUCCCCUCAAAUGAACAGAUCAAGUCUUCUCGGCAACAGACAGAAGGGUUAUAUGAGUCCAUUACAAGGAGUUAGUGCGAGAUAACUGUAGCAAAACAACCAAUGA